AUGGACGGAUUGAUGAUUGACGAAACUGUGAGACAUGGCUUGCAACAACAACAAAAACAAAGCGGAAAAGAAAUGUUGGCGAAAACACCAAGAAAAGGAUUGGGUUUGAUGAUUAAUGAGACGAAGACGGUUAGUUUUACACAUUUUCAAGGGAAUGAAUGUUUUCUGGCAGAUUUCCUCCUGUUAUUAUAUUUUAUUUUUAAAAAUUCAAUCACAAUUUCCAGCCAAAUUCCCGUGCAAUUCCAUCCUCAGCCACCCGAAAAACCAGCAGAGCUCCGACUUUCGAAGUUUUCGAAGAUACCGAAGAAGUCGCAAUCCAAGAAGAAAAAUCAGCCGAAAGAUUGUGUAGCUCUCCAAUUGAAGGAGUUUCUCGACUUCCUUCAAGGCCACAAUCACCACUUUUUGGACUUGAAGAAGGUCUGGCAGAAGAAGGCGAUGUGAUUUUGGUGGAUGAAAAUGAGGAUGAUGUUGGAGCAUUGGGAGAUUACAACAAUAUUUCAAUUGAUAUCGAAGUGGUUGAAUUGGGAAUUGAAAAAUGGGAAAAAUAUCCGCCAAUUGAUACAGUCAGUUUGAUGGAUGAUGGUUUGGAGGAUUUCAGAAAAGAUUAUGUGGUAAGCAAUAACACGUGGUAAUUUGAAAAUACCGAUUUUUCGCACAUAUCGCCCUCUCAUUAAAAUCCCGUAAGGUGAAAUUUAUUUAGAAAUGUUCAUUUCUCCCGGUCACGUGAAAUUCUGAUAAAUAUAUAUUUAUCAAAAAUGCUUCAUUUCUUACCUACACGUGUGGUGUAGGCGGGGCUAGGCUGGCAAAAAAUUACCCGAAUACACUCAUUUCAGAAAUGCUCAAAAAUGGCUUACCCAUUUACACUACACGUUUUUAGAAAUGAUGCCCGUUUACACUAUUUUUAUUUAUAAGGCUACACUUUUACUUUUACACCUUUACACUUUUACCCUAUUUUUCUGAAAAAGAGUUGUUGAAAGUGCCGAAAUAGACUGAAAAAUAGUGAAAAAACAGUCAUUAUUUGAGAAUUAGCAGAGCCAAAGCAUAACAUCACAGAGAAAUUGAUAAUUCAAUGUUUUUUGUUCUGUUCCAGUCUGAAAAUCAGAGUUAUACUAACCCAAAUGCCAAGAAAUGUGACUUCUUCAUUUUCUAAACAGGUUUUUAUAUUCCUUUUUCAUUUUCUGAAACUAUUUAUUAUUCGAAAAAAAAAACCUUUUUCUUACUUUAAAAUCCUUUAUUUUCGAACAGAACUCUUUUAUUCACUUUGGGAAACCAUUGGUCUGUUUCGACAUUGAGUUUUUGUCAUUUAUUUUCUUUUUUCCAAGCCGGAGCAAAAAUAGUGUAUUCGUGUAUUAUUGUAAAAAUGUAUGUAGUGUAAAAGUGUAAGUGUAUUCGGGCAUUUCUGCAAACGUGUAAAAAUAAAAUUAGUGUAUAGAAAUACCCGAAUGCCUCAUUUUUGUCAGCCUAAGGCGGGGAGAACGAUGCCUUCCAAUCAGGCAACCCUCCUUCUUUUGUGGGUUCGAGCCCCACUCGGAAAAAAUUUUUCCCUAUAUCGAGUAAUGCAGAUUUUCGGAAAUUUUGUUCCUUUCUCCCCAAAAUUGCGAAAAUUCGACAUUCCAACGCGGCAAAAAAGAAAAAAGAAGAUGGAGAAGAAAAAGCUUAAUAAAAAGAGAAAAUCGAGAAAAUAUCAUGCGUGACCCAUGAGCGAAAAAGCCUGAUUCUUCAGAUGCUAUUGGCAUUGUUCAAGAAUUCCAAAUUCCUAACGGGCCAAGAAUGUUAUUCGAGUCUUCAAUACGAAAAAAAGGUUAAAUAAGUUUUUUUUUUCGAAAAAUUGAUCGAUGACUUCAUCAUCCAAAUUAUAGCAUGAUCCAUGUUUUUGGAAAUAAUGAAGAUUUUCUACUCGAAUCAUUUGAUAUAAUACUUCGAGAAUAUGUGGAUAUUCCACAAAUCACGGCGAGACUCAAAAUCGAUCAAUGUCUGAGCGUUGAGAACAUCAAGAUCUUCCCAAAUCAAAGUUUUGUCACUAAGAAUAUACCAAGUGAUAUUUGGGCACAUUGCCAGAAUUCAAGAAGAACAAUUUAUCGAUUAGAGUUGGUUGAUAAACAAGAGAAUGAGUUUUUGAUUUUCGAACAUAAUAUUGAAGUUCAUGAGGAUAGCAAUUUCAAGUUAUAUUAUUUGGAUAAUCGGGAUAUUCCUAUAAUGAGGUAGGAUUAUUCAAAUUUUUGUGAGUUAUUAAAAAAAGUUUCCAGCAAGAAAAAAUGGAUGUACAUGGCUGCAUUUAACACAACCGGUUUAUAUUUUGAUUUCGAUGAUCAUCAUUCGAUUUACACAAGAUUUAUCAAAAUUCAUCGAGUGAAAAUGGAACAGAAUUGUCCGUAUGUAUUCUAUGAAAAGGAUAUUGAUAGUCGUAUAGAAGAUCAACGAGGUAUUAGAAUUGCAUCAUUUUGUAAAAAUGUGUUUAUACAUUUUAAACUUAUCAACAAUCAUAGCAAAUACAUACAGUACUAUUUCGCAGUAAUAUAUCCUCAUUCAAAAGAUGUACUAGAAAUGGGAAAUGGAAAAAAGUCUACAAAGUUUUUAUUUACAAAAGGAAUAUCAGGAGUCGCAGAAACUUCUGAACUUGAUCUAGCGUAUAUUCGAUUGAAUGACACUGGGGAAUUGAAACAAAACACAUUUCUAAGAUUUGAUUGGAAGUUUGUGCUGAAUUGUGGAUGUGAAAAGCAGCAUUUGUUUAUUGAAAAUAAUUCAUCUUUGAACUUUUUGAGCUUGAAUUAUCCAGAAGUUUAUUGCAAAAAUAUGAACUGUCAAUAUCAUUUUAGCACUAAUGAAAAUUCUAUUCUCGAAGUUUAUAUCAAUGAUGUCCGACUUGACGACAUUGGAGAUCAUUUAUCAAUUUACGAUGGUAACUACAUUGAUUUCAAUUAUCUUCUAGCAUAUAUAGUUGGAAAUAACUCAAAAUCCUCAAGAUCUUUCAAAGCAUCAAGAAAUCUUACACUUCUCUUCGAAUCGAACAACAUUCUGACCAAGUUCGAAAAAGGUUUCAAUAUUACCAUACAAUCCAAAAUUGAACCAAGAAAGGUUGAACAAAUUGCAGAACAAAUUAUACAAUAUGAAGAACCCCCAACUUCUCAUAAAUUUUUAGUGUUAUUGAUGAUAGUUUUGAUUGUUCUGAUAUUUGUUGGUGGAAUAAUUUUACUUGUGAAAAUGGGAAUGUUUGAUGAGAUUCCUUUUUUCAAAAAAUAA